GCGGGUGCCCAUGAAGCGCCGGGCAGAGCCGAGCCGAGCCGGACGGGCUCCAGCCAUGCAUCCCGGUGCGCCCGCGGGCACAUGGGGCAGCGCUUGAACCGCUGCCUCGAUGUUCCCGUGGCGUUGCCGCCGCUGAGGCGGAGGCUGCUGCUGCUCUUCAUCAUGCUCUUCCUCUGGCUCUAUAUGUUCUACUCGUGCGCCGGCUCCUGCGCCGGGCUGACGGCCCGAGGGUCACCCGCGCCGCCCCGCGCUGCCCCGCCGCUGCCCCCGCUGUUGCCGGGAGACCCCGGCGAGGAGAGCAGCCUGGAGGAGCAGCGGGCAGCGCCCGACGCCGGCAGCCCCCUCUCCAGCUUCUUCAACGGCUCCGGUACCAAGCGGCUGCCGCAGGCCAUCAUCAUCGGCGUGAAGAAGGGGGGCACGCGGGCGCUGCUGGAGUUCCUGCGGGUGCACCCCGACGUGCGCGCCGUCGGCGCCGAGCCCCACUUCUUCGACCGCAACUACGAGCGGGGACUCGCCUGGUACAGGGAGCUGAUGCCCAAGACGCUGGAGGGACAGAUCACCAUGGAGAAGACCCCCAGCUACUUCGUCACUAAGGAGGCCCCAGCCCGCAUCUCCUCCAUGUCCAAGGGCACCAAGCUCAUCGUGGUGGUGCGAGACCCUGUGACCAGAGCCAUCUCGGACUACACCCAGACGCUCUCCAAGAAGCCUGACAUCCCCACCUUUGAGAGCCUGACCUUCAAAAACAGGACUACAGGUCUGAUCGACACCUCCUGGAGCGCCAUCCAGAUUGGCAUCUACGCCAAGCACCUGGAGAACUGGCUCCUCUACUUCCCUAUCGGGCAGAUCCUCUUUGUCAGUGGGGAGAGGCUCAUCAGUGAUCCUGCAGGGGAGCUAGGCAGGGUCCAGGACUUUCUGGGCCUCAAGAGGAUCAUCACUGACAAACACUUCUAUUUUAACAAAACCAAGGGCUUCCCGUGCCUGAAGAAGGCUGAGGGCAGCAGCAAACCCCACUGCCUGGGGAAGACAAAAGGCAGGACCCACCCUGACAUCGACCAGGAGGUGGUGCAGAGGCUGCGGGACUUCUACCGGCCCUUCAACAUGAAGUUCUACCAGAUGACAGGCCAGGACUUUGGCUGGGACUGAGCCUGGCAUGGGAAAGUCCCCUUUUAUUACUUGCCCAGCACGGUUUGCUUAUAUAAAGAGAUAUAUAUGUAUGUAAAAUGUACAGAAAUCUAUUUUAUAAUAAUUUAUUUUUAAUUCCUAAGCAAUUAAUUCACUAAGCUGCCUAACCGCACUGGCUAGAACGGUAGCCUGUAACCUGUUUAACAUUCCAUGGUGUUUAAUUCUAAUGUCUCUCCUUUCCUUGUUCUUUUCCCCUUCUGCUUUCUCUUUGGUUUGGUUUGUAACACACAGUGCUUCCACUUUUCCUAAACAAAAUUUGUAUCUAAAAAUCAAAAGAAGCAAGGGAGGGAAAGCACAAGUUUAUUUUUGUUACGGGUAUCUAGCCUUUAUAAACACUUGCUUUCCCUA